GUGGAUUAGUCCACAGUGCUCUAGCAACUGCUACAGACAGGACUGCUUUUUAGUGGUGAGAAUUGAGAAAAAAAAAAGAGAUGUUGUCAACUCAAAGGUGCUCCAACCUUGUUGGACAGCGUCCCAAAGUUCCCUGCACCAGUAAGAAUAGCUCGGCUGCUGCGGUGAACGUCUCCAUUGAGAAAGUCACAUUGCUGGAAGGUGUUGCCCUUCCAUUAAUGAUCCAUGGCCCGGUGACACUUAAAAGUGGCCAGAAGAGGAAGAAAUAUCAGAUCUUCUUAUAUAGCAACACUUUACUUCUAUCUAAUUCCAAUUACAAAGCGUGUUUUAUUACAAAAUGUAAAGUACCAGUGAGCAACCUAUGGAUGUCUGAAGAUGGAGUGGACCCCCAGGGGAAGUGCAAUGCCUGUGACAAGAGAUCUUUCUUUAUAGGUUGGCCCAUGUUGAACUUUGUGGCCACCUUCAAUUCUUCAGUGACGAAAGAAAAAUGGUACACACUACUUCAAAGAAACAUCAUUUCAGUCAAGGAAGAUGACUACUCACGCAACAUCCUCAUCAAAAUCAUCACUGAGGAUAUCAACAGUGGUGUAACUUCCACAAUUAUAACAGUAACCAAUUUAGACACAACAAAUGAUGUCAUCAACUUAUCACUACCAAUACUAGGAUUAACUGGCUCAGUGAGAGAUUACCAGCUAUGGGUUGCUCCUGCAAAGGAAGAGGCCCCACAACCACUUAGUGGGCAUGAAAACCCCUUUACCAUCCAAAGAAACUAUAUUCGUUCUGUGUCUCUGCCACCUACAUCUGGGAAGUCUACCUCUCCUUCCAACCCUCAGGAGUCUGUCCUGAAAGAAUUGUAUUCCGAAGUGUGUGGCUGGUUCAUUCUGAAGCCCAGGUGCCAAGCCAAAGGCCAGAACAGAAGUGAUGGACGCCUAAGCCAGCUGUUUAGGUGGAACGCUGGUAGAAGAGGGAACGACCUGACACAGGGAGCUGCUCCCCCUCACUGA